AUGGCACAAUUCUGCUGCCCAUCUCCGCCGCCGCCGGCCCCAACUUCUAUAUCGCAGUUCAUCUCUGACCAGCCCAACCUCACCCUUCUCGAAACUCACUGCUCAACGAUGAAAGACCUUCACAAAAUCCAUUGCCAACUCAUCAAAACCGGCUUAUUCAAUGACCCAAUUGCCGCCAGUCGCGUCCUGGCCUUCUGCACCUCUCCCAUCGCCGGCAACAUGAAUUACGCUCGCUCGGUUUUCUCUCGCAUUCGAAAGUCCAACCUCUUUUCCUGGAACCACAUCAUUCGAGGCUUCUCUAACAGCUCAAAUCCUGAAGUUGCCAUCACCCUCUUCGUCGAGAUGUUGGUAAAUUCGCUCGUCCAACCUUCAAGGCUGACUUACCCUUUCGUUUUCAAGGCCUAUUCCCAGCUUGGGUUCGCCCAUGAAGGGGCUCAGCUCCACGGCAGAGUAAUUAAAUCAGGGCUCCAAGAUGAUCCAUUUGUAAGAAACAACAUCUUGUCUAUGUACGCGAAUUGUGGGUUUUUGAGCGAAGCAGGGAGAAUAUUUGAUCGUCAUCCAGAUUUUGACCCCGUUACCUGGAACAUAAUGCUCAUGGGGCUUGCUAAAUGUGGCGAAAUUGAGGAAUCCAGGAAGGUAUUCGAUGAAAUGCCUGUGAGAAAUAUGAUCUCCUGGAAUUCGAUGAUAAGUGGGUAUGUGAGGAAUGGAAAGUUUGUGGAGGCUUUGGAGCUUUUUGGGCAAAUGCAAGAAGAUGCUGCGGUUAAGCCGAGUGAAUUCACGAUGGUGAGUUUACUCAAUGCCUGCGCUUGUUUGGGUGCAAUCAGGCAAGGAGAAUGGAUUCAUGGUUACAUUGUCAAGAAUAGUUUUGAGUUGAACCCAAUAGUUGUGACAGCCAUCAUAGAUAUGUACUGCAAGUGUGGGAGUAUAGACAGGGCCCUUGAUGCUUUCAAGACUGCUCCUAAGAAGGGAUUGUGA